AUGGCGGGCGACGUGGAGUAUACCUGGGCGCCGAAAGACAUCGUAUACACGGUGAUUGUUGGCAUAGUGAUGCUGGCAGCCAUUCUCGAAUGGUUCCUAUGGAUUGCUGCAUUCUGCUACUGCUUGUGGAAGGUCUUCCUCAAGGCUGAGCACUGGACGAUUAGGGUGCUCGCAGUCAUUGUCGGCAUCUUGUUCACAUGCUUCAGAGCAAUCUUCCUCCCUAUCAUGAUUGUUACCUUACCGCUACCAAGCGUGGUCGUCGCGGUUUGGCCCGAUCAAAUGGUCAAGGGCCUACAGUGGUUCGCUUUUUGGAGUUUUGCCGGCCUGUUGACCAUUCCCUGGCUUUUCUGCGUUUACCAGCUGGUUACCAACCAACUGGGCCGAACAAAAAGGAUCAAACGAGUCCUCGACGAAGUUUCAGCCCCCAAGGUCGUCAUUGUGAUGCCGGUGUACAAGGAGGACCCUGACGUUCUCGUCGUCGCCAUCAACUCCGUCGUGGACUGCGACUACCCGCCGUCGUGCAUUCACGUCUUCUUGUCCUUUGAUGGCGACCAGGAGGAUGAACUAUACUUGAACACCCUUGAAAAGCUGGGUGUUCCGUUGACUCUCGAGACAUACCCCAAGAGUAUCGAUGUCAGCUACAAAUCCGCCCGCAUCACUGUCUCCCGUUUCCCCCACGGAGGAAAGCGUCACUGCCAGAAGGCCACCUUCAAGCUCAUCGACAAGGUCUACGAAACUUACCUCAAGAGGAACGAUAACCUCUUCAUUCUCUUCAUCGACUCGGAUUGUAUUCUCGACCCUACCUGCCUGCAAAACUUCGUUUUCGACAUGGAGCUGAGCCCGGGCAACAACCGAGACAUGUUGGCCAUGACGGGUGUUAUCACGUCUACGACUAAGAAACACAGCUUGAUCACCCUUCUUCAAGAUAUGGAGUAUAUCCAUGGCCAACUUUUCGAGCGUACUGUCGAAUCGGGAUGCGGUGCCGUUACUUGCCUUCCUGGAGCCUUGACGAUGCUUCGAUUCUCCGCCUUCCGUCGCAUGGCCAAGUACUACUUUGCGGAUAAAGCUGAACAAUGCGAGGAUCUCUUCGAUUUUGCCAAGUGUCAUUUGGGCGAAGACCGUUGGCUCACCCAUCUGUUCAUGAUUGGUGCAAAGAAGCGGUACCAAAUCCAGAUGUGCACGUCUGCUUUCUGUAAGACUGAGGCCGUCCAAACCUACCGAUCUCUCAUCAAGCAGCGCCGACGUUGGUUCCUGGGUUUUAUCACCAACGAAGUGUGCAUGCUUACUGACUGGCGCCUCUGGAGGCGUUACCCUCUUCUGGUUCUCGUCCGUUUCAUGCAGAACACCAUCCGUACCACCGCCCUGCUGUUCUUCAUCAUGGUUUUGGCCAUUAUCACCACUUCCAAGAAGGUUGAGAACCUCCCGGUCGGGUUCAUUGCCAUUUCCCUCGGACUGAACUGGUUGAUGAUGCUGUACUUUGGCGCGAAAUUGAGGCGCUUCAAGAUCUGGCUGUAUCCUAUCAUGUUCAUUCUCAACCCCUUCUUCAACUGGUAUUACAUGGUCUACGGCAUUUUCACCGCUGGUCAGAGAACUUGGGGAGGGCCGAGAGCCGAUGCCGCGACUGCUGACGUCGACACUACCCCGCAACAAGCUAUCGAGCAAGCCAAGGAGGACGGGGACGAGCUCAACAUUGUGCCAGAGACCUUUAUCCCCGCCGCCGAGGCUCGGAAAGAAAGCAUUGCCGGUGGCAAGGGGAAUAUGGGCCCCAUGGGUCGCAAGCACAGUGUCGUGCAGCCGCCGUCCAACCUCGAGGGUCGUUUCGCAGCCAGAGAGAAGACGGCCAGCGGAUGGUAUGUCAACGCAGACGACUCGGUCACCGUCAACCGUUCCGGACCAAGCGGGUUCGGGCCGGCGUGGGCUUUGCAGUCGCGCGAUUCAUUCGACAGCAUGGUGUCAUCGCAAACCGCUGGCAACUCGGUCUACGUGCCUCGUCGCGUUGAAAGUAUCAUGGGUGAUGAGGACCGCAAGAAGUACGAAAUGGCACAACAAAGUCAGUUCAACCAGUUCCUGGCCAAUUCUAAGCGAUUUGGCGGACAGAACCAGCCUGGCCAAGUGUAUGAGUAUUCAGAUGCCGAGAUGAAGCGAGCCGGCUACCACGACACUGAUCCGCUGGAUGGCGGCCCAUACACAGACAACGUCAGGCUCGGCGAUGUCAACCCCCGACCAAAGUCCUCAGAUGGUCGUCAGGGGCUCAGCGCCUCGCACUCGGCGCGGAGCGGUCGAAGUCCAUUGGCACGUGCCAGUCUCGUCCGCACUAGCAAUCUCGAAGACGUUCAGUCCGAGGGCGAGAGCUCCAGCAACGGUGGCGGACGCAGCCGUGACCACUCCCCCAAGGGCGGCGGCCGGUGA